CGCUCGCUUAAAAUUUCUCCAGUUGAAGCAAAAAUGAAAAAAAAAUGUCGUUACACAAAUAACGGUGAAUUCGAAAGGACUUUUGAACGUAGCUAGGAUUAACGUGCUACUUGACAAUCUUGGAAUUAAAGAUGUAUCGAGUAAAUUAAACGCUUUUUGCUUUAAUAACAGAAAAGAAAAGCUUUAGAGAUCUGUUUUGCUUUUGUUUGUUAAUAAAAUUUUUUUUUGAUCAAAGGAACUUGAUGGUUUCGGGUCUCUUCAAUAAACAGGCGAAAAUCUGUUCGAUUACGUGCUUCAUCUCUGAUCUUGCUGAAGCUUGGUUGAGGGUAUUCGCAAACAAUGCUGGGCAGACACAGGCGCAAUGAGCACUUUGGGUAUUAGAUACUUAAAAGCAAAAUCCUUUAAAUCUACUCAGCUGCGCAGUGUGAUUUACACAAGGCUUACUCGGCAAAGGUUUGUGUAAUUGAAAUUAUUAAGAUAUUGUUCAUAAUUGAGGUAUAGCUUUUCAACCAAUCAUAUUGAUCCAUAAGUUAGCGCCUCGUCUCCAUGACGUUUGUUGCGGCGUCACGUGAUUGACAACAAGCAAGAGGGCAAUAAAUAAGUGCUUGACGACAUUGAGAGCGAUUUGACCUGAAUUAACGCGCCGAAGUGUUUUAAAAAAUCGUCUUCCUUUUUGGCGAAACUAUGAGUAUCAACUGCUCCUGCUGAGAAAGCAUAACUAUGUCGGCUCACAGUAGCGGUCUUCUGCCUCCGGAUGAGUUGGCAGAUUUACACAUUUUUGUCGUUCCCUUGGAUCUGUGGCUCGAAAAAUACCGAACAGCCUUUAACAACAUCGCUUUGGAGUCCGUUUCUGCUGGAUUUGUCCGGGUUCAGCCGUAUAUUUCUUUAAACCAUCUACGAGAUCACAUCGAGGAACAACUAGGACCAGAAGUUGUUCCAGAAGACUAUAUAUUCUUGAGAUCUGUUGGAAGAUGUAUGGCCGUGGUCAAAGAAAAUCAAGAGCGUUUGCUCAAAGCCAAGGACUUUUUACCACCUGUGGCUUAUAGUCCAGAAAUAUUUAUCCUUCCUGGAACUCAUGACACCUUUGCAAGGCCAGCAGAGAAUGCUACCAAUACCAUUAUACAAACUCAUGGCUUCACAACUGCUGGUAUGGCAUCCAUUCAGCCUCAUCAGCUUCCCCCUGCAGGGUUUAUCCAGCAACCAUUUGUUCAUCAAAAUGUGCUUCCAGGUGGUUAUAAUAACCCUCACCAAUCUACAUUACAAGGAGAGCCAAAUGGUUCUCUCAAUCGUGUUGAGAAAAGUGGCGGAUCUCGAAAGUCUGUUUCAGAAGAUGAGGGAAGCAGUGACCAUGAGAGAACACAAGACGAUGGGGAUCAAGAGAAUGGCAGGAGAUGGCAAUCAUUAGAAGACAGAAGUGGUGGAUCCUCGGAGAAUGAUGGUGGAUUAGAGGAUGACAGAAAAGAACGUAAGAAAAAACAGAAAAAGGAAAGUCAGAAUGAAAAACCACAAGACAACUCGUCCACUCCUGCUGCAUCCAAGUUGAAAAAGAACAAAAUACAGAAGAAAGGAAGCAGCAGUUCAGAUGGAAGUAAUCAAUCAGAAACCAAAAGUGUGAAGUUUAUUCAACCAGAGGUGUAUCAGACUCUGACUGUUCCUGGUCAAAAUGGGGCAGGGGUGUCUCCCCCAACACCUAUUCCAUCUGGGCGUGUCAUUUCAUCGCCAUUUCCAGGCCAAGAGGCUGAACAAGUCAUAGCUCAUUCUAGAAAUGUGGAUUCUACUGAUAUACAUGCAAGUAAGGAUAAUCCAAGUGGUAAAAUAGAUGAGAAAGGUGCAGCUGAUUUAAAUAGGAAGAAAAAGCCUGCUGAUUCCAAAGGAGGGAAAAAGAAAAGGAGAGACAGAUCGCGAUCACCUUCUGUUGAGCGAACUCAAUCCAAAGAACAGAAUGGUCAAAAGGAAGAUAGUAGAUAUGUUAUUUAUGAGGUUACCAAUGAUUCAGCUGUGUAUGGUGAAGUGACAAUGAGUCGUGUAGAUACGCCUCCAAGUUUAAGUGAAGUGGAAGAGAGAUCCAAGUUUGUUCAGUUCCCCUCUCCAGCCAAAGGAGCAAGAAGGCCAACACUGCCUGAUGAACUGGAGCAUGACAAUGCUAUUGCAAAUGGAUUACAAGACUUGAAUGCG